GUUUACUAGUCGCCCACAUCAAUUCGAAAUUCGUAGAUGCCAUGGCCUUUGGGCUAGCCCACAAUCUUCUACCAUGCGCUCCCUGGCCUCGAGAUCGCUGAGCGCUGACCUUAUAUCACCACCUCCGACUCCUGACGCGGAUGACACAUGCGAUACCUGCCACAGCGUCAGUCAUGUCCCGUCAGCUCAACACGUCGCGCCCUUCUCAAGAUAUGGCGCAGCAUUGAAAGUCACAGCAAUCCAUCGAAUCUCUCGGGUUUGGCGGCCUGUCCAACUGCCAAUGCGCGCUGAGUCACGACCGGGCGCGGACUGCUGCGCGCUGCAGCGAGUCAUAUGAUGGAGAUGGCAUGGGCAUUGCAACUGACUUGCUGCAUUGGCGCUCGCGCCACGUAUUAGCCUCUGCGCCUCGGUACGUGUCGAACUUCAAGCGCAUAUAUAACACGCCAGUUGGGUCGUCCAAGUCAUCAUCACACCCAUUCAAAUUCAAUUCAAUGUCACUCCUACAAUCCGUCUGGGGGAUCGCCACAGGCAUCUUCUCUCGUCUCUUCGAUGGGCUUCUAGGAAAACGGGAGAUGCGACUUCUGAUGCUCGGGCUCGACGGUGCUGGGAAGACCACCAUUUUGUACAAACUGAAGCUCGGGGAGAUCGUGAUAUCCAUCCCUACCAUCGGUUUCAAUGUCGAGACCCUCGACUACAAGAACGUAUCGCUCAACGUAUGGGAUAUCGGUGGCCAGGACAAGAUCCGCCACCUCUGGCGCUAUUACUACCAGAACGCUCAGGCCAUCAUCUUCGUGGUUGAUUCCAGCGACCGCGACCGGAUAAUCAUCGCCCGAGAGGAAUUACACCAGAUGAUGAACGAAGACGAACUGCGUGAUGCGCUUCUGCUGGUUUACGCCAACAAGCAAGAUAUGCCGGACGCGUUGUCGACCGCUGAGAUGGCCGACAAGUUGGGGCUGUCGGGGCUGAGGCACAGGACGUGGUAUAUCCAGGCGACUUGUGCCAUGUCUGGAGAGGGGAUGUACGAAGGACUGGAAUGGCUCACGAAGAACAUCAAACGAAGUCUGAUUUGAGCGUCUUCAUCUUUCUGCGAAGUGUUGUGUAUUGUUACAUGGAUGACAACUCAUCCUUCAGCUCAGGCUUUUCCCAUAUAAACAUCUUGCAAUUGCGAGUCAUGUACAUCAAUAUCAUGUAGUCUAUACACUUGGCCUGGGUGAUGGGAGAACUGAGAACAACGGCCGACGAGUCCUGGAUAAUGUUUGAGUCUGCAUACUCCGUCCCUCCAUGCGACCAACUAGACCGUACGCAUCUUUUACGGCUACUCUGUGCUUCAGUUCGACUCGCGUCAGAAGGCUAUUUUUGAGUUUCGCCUUGGCAUUGACUUGGUAU